CCUCUCCUCUUCUGCCGAAGCUGAGACCUCCUCUGCUUGGAAUCGCUACUUCUACCUGGUGAUUUUAUGUGUCCAUUGAUGCUGGGUUUUCUAAUUCUUUUCUUUGUAAUGGAGGAAUUAUGUUCCAUAGCGUGAUGUUUGGCUGCUUCUGCUCACCUUUGUCUUGACCAUCGUAAGUGUGAUUUGAUGAUUUGAGUGUGUUCUUGAAACCCUCAUUGAUGAUCGGAUGAUCAUGCGUUCACGCUGUUCUUCUUGGAUAUCGAUCCUCUUGGUUUCGGCUUGGAUUAGCUUAGGUUCACUUAAUCUGAAUCGAUUUGUGCUGGAUAAGCGCGCCGUUGGUGUGGGUGUUUUCUCUGUGCUUUUUGUUUCGUUUAUCGGCGUGAAGAGAUAUACCGAUCUUGAGGUUGGUGAGAUCCGUGCGAGGUUUGGAUGAUUGUUUAAUGUGGCGGUGAUCCGUUCUCAUUGAUUUCAUGUCUGUGAAAUUUUCUUGAAUUUUGUGGGUUGUCUCAUUUUAGGAGACAGAAGCAGACAGAGGUCGAUGCAGCACGAACUCGAUUCUCCCAGCAAUGGCGACUGCUUCGGUUCAUCGAUCGCGUCAGAACCGUUCGUUACUCCAGUUCGACAGUCUGCAACCCCAUACCUGAACAAAGAUGGAGAUCUUCCCUACUGGUACUCCAUCUUCUCACCCAAGGAGGGCACCCCGUCGCUCGUGACGACCCCUCUCGCUGCUUCUGGUUCCAUCUUAAUCCCUCCCCUGUCGUCGUCCUUCGUCGAGCCGGAAGUUGCUGCCGCCGACUACGGGAACCGCCUCUACCUCGCCCGCCUCACGCUUCAGUAUCAAGAGGUCGCCGAGCGCUACGACCUCUGCCUCUCCGACCUCCGAGACUGCACCGAGGAAAUCGAGUCCCUCCGGCGCGAGAACGCGAGCAUCCGCAUCGCCAACGCCGAGCUUGCCAGGCGGCUCGGCCUGAUCGCCGGGAAGCACGCUGGCCGUGUUCCGUCAUCUGCGUCUGCGGCGCUCGAAGAUGAGUUCCGCCUCCUCAACGUCGCCGAACUUCCACCGCCGUCGCCCGAGGAGAGUCCCACGAGCGUGCUCUCCGUCCAGGAGAGCGGCGGCGGCCACCCGUUCGCGGGACCUCCGGUGGCGGAGAAGCAGGUUUCGUUGCCCAAGAGCAUCUCGAUCCGCUCCAGCGGGUACCUGAAGCUGAACCAGGACGGUAAAUCCAGUUCGGCUGCGAAACGGAACGGCCGGUUUGGCGUCUCCAACCCCGCCAUGGUAAGCAAGCAGCGGGUGUACGUGGGCGGGGACAGCAACAGGAAGAAAGGGGCAAGAAGAGGAAGGGAGGACGGGGAAGAAGAGCGGGAGGGCGGCGAUGGAGGAGGAGCUUUGGAGCUGGAGGUGUACCAUCAGGGGAUGUUCAAAACGGAGCUGUGCAACAAGUGGGAGGAGAGCGGGGAGUGCCCCUACGGCGACCAUUGCCAGUUCGCCCACGGCAUCACCGAGCUCCGCCCCGUCCUCCGCCACCCCCGCUACAAGACCGAACCCUGCCGCAUGAUUCUCUCCGGCGGCGCCUGUCCUUACGGCCACCGCUGCCACUUCCGCCACUCCCUCUCCCUCGCAGAUCACCAACGUCUCCUCAUCCGCCCUUAGAAGGUAUCAUCAAUAUCGUCAUUCCUAUAUCCCUAGAUAUGCCACAUAUCAUACCCCACCCAAUCUAAUUAAUGAACAAGAAACAGAAAGAAGAAAAGAAGAGAUAGAGAGAAAGGUAUAGAACUUAUGUUUUCUCCUCCUAACCAAUAUUAUUACAAACGAAAAUGAAAGAGUAAAUAGUUUUACAAGAGGCGAGGUGAUGUGAAUAUACACACAGGACGCAAGCGCUCUUUGGGUGGCCGCGUUUGAAAGCUGUUUUGCUCUGUAUAUGCUCUCUAUGGUAGAUAAAUAUAUGUAAAGGUAACAAUAUGAUAAUACAGAUGGUGUAACUAUGCCAGAGGAAUAUAUUCUUCACUGUUAAUCAAGGAUGGGAGAGGUAUGAUAUAGUAGUUUCCUUUGUGUUUUUUUGUUGGUUUGGUUUAAUGUCUCUCUGCUUAGAGCUAAUUCUUUGUAAAUCGUGAGGAGAGUUGUGGCGAGAGAGUGGGAUGGCAGGAAUUGUCUCAUACUUGUUCUUUUGUGUUCUUUUUCCAUACUAAUUUCUCCGAUUGUCUUCAUGAAACUAUUGUUCGUUUUGUAUUCUGCAAUAUUAAUGUCUUUUCAAGCGAUAAAAGUUGUGGGGUCUAUUAUUUCUUUUAUUAGUGUCGCUCUCUCUCUCUCUCUCUCUCUCUGGGUUUUCAAGUUAUAUAAAGUUGUCGGUGUUGGUUUGUAAUGAUUUGGGAACGCAUCUGCUGCUAUGCGGCCACUUGCAUGGUGCGAUCAUAUAGGCCGUUCUAUCAUAUGUUGGCCGUCUUGUUUCAUCUGCUUUCCGCAGCUUUUUUACCAAGUUGCAUGAAUAAAAUAUACCUCACGCAAUAUCUAACGUGUCACAUGUACUAAAAUUCUAUCAUGAUGUGUCCACCAAUUCUUC